AUGCAUCAAGAGUCGCGCAGCGAGAAGGUGCUGAAGCUCUUCGGGGUGAGGAUUUUGUGCGAUGACAGUAAGGGGAAGGAGGCGGCGGAGGACAUGAAGGAGUUGAGUAGGAAGAGCUGCGAUGACAGUAGCAGGAAGGAGGAGGUGAGUAUUCUGUGCGAUGACAGUGGCGGGGAGGUGGCGGCGGAGGCGGCCACCGAAAGCAGUGCCGGCGACAAUGGAUACCUCUCCGGCGGCCUCUUCCAGUCCUCUCGGAGAUGCCGCGGGCGGGAAAGGAAGAGAGGCGCGCCUUGGACAGAAGAAGAACAUCGAACAUUUCUAGCUGGUCUUAAAAUGCUUGGUAAGGGGGACUGGAAGGGAAUAUCAAGAAAUUUUGUUACCACUAGAACUCCAACUCAGGUAGCCAGUCAUGCUCAGAAAUAUUUUCUUCGGCAGAGUAAUCUGAAUAAAAAGAAGUGCAAGUCUAGCCUUUUUGAUAUCGGGAUAGGUGAUCUAACUCCUGCAUCCGAAACUUCUACCCCACCAUUAUCAUUUAAAAGACCUUGUGAAGUUACAGAAGAGAUUUAUCACCAUCUCCAAGCAACAGUGACGGCAGCUAUUUGUGUGGUUCUUAGAUUCUCUAAUGUUGGUACAUUGGCUGGUAGAAGUCUGUAG